UGAAAACUGAAAUGCUCUUUUGCUCGUCGGAGGGUCGUUUGAAAAUAACGAUGCCCGACGGCGAUCCCGUUGGAAGGCUGUGACGGAAUCGGGCGGCGAGGCGCUGUUCCGGCGAAAGCGUCGACACUAAUCUUUUAAGCAUUCAGGAAUCUCGAGCCGUUGCAACCCUAAUCCUAUCACCGGAGAAGAGUUUCUUAAAGUUAGGGUUUUGCGCGAACCAUAGCGUUGCCUCUACUUCGUGUUUCGAGAAAAGCGACUUCUUUUUUGCUCGGAAGCCUGAGUUUCCGCGUAUUUGUGUGCAUACGCUAUGGAGGAGAAGCAGGGUUCGAGCUUAAGCGGAGGGGGAGGAGGAGGAGGAAAGAGCACGAAGGAGCUGGCGAUGGAAGGGCAGAAGCUUCUGGAGGAGACCGUUCAGGCAGCCCACCAGAUCUUGACGGCCAUGAACGAGGAGCUCUGCAAUCCGGGGCUCUGGGCAACUGCAUCGCCGGCGCAGUCUGGUGCCGAGCAGCAUGAUGGACCGCACCAGGCGGAGCCAGGGGGAGGGGCCCUUGAGGAGGCGCGUUUCCGCUACAAAUCGACGGUGACUGCUCUCAGGGCCGUGAUCAGCGCCAUUACUAACUCUCAAGCGGCAGAACAGAAUGAGGCAGGAUCCAUGAUGGGUACCUCGGAAGCCAAAUCUGAUCCAGUGGAAAUUAAGAAACUUGAAGAGCGUGUUGCGGAGUUGAAAAAGGAGAUUGCUAUUAAGAACAGAUAUCUCGAAAUUCUUAUGGACCAGCUUCGGGAGCUUAUUGGAGACAUAUCAAUGUGGCAGAGCCCUUGUCCUGUAUGAUCCACCUGUUGUUCUUGAUCGUGCAAGCUGAUGUGUGCCCUAAAGGAAUCCCAUUUACCAUGGAGGCCAUGAAGAACAAUAUGAUGACAAUGGUACCUGAUAUUGAAUCCUUUCUUGUGGAAAUGCACUCGUGCACAUUAGAAACAAGUCCACAGCUGUUGUCAUCAAUGGAGAGGUCCAAGGAUGUUACCGAUUCUGCAUAAGAAGUCUCUGCACUUCUCGUUGGAUGGUUUAUACAAGCUACAAGCUUUCUUGUUGUCUAUCUUCUUAUGGCAGGACAUUGUGCUAUUUGUAGCAUGAAACUUCUUUUGGCCUUCUUUUUACGAAUGGAAACUGUCAAGCUAUUGAUGGUCCUGGUCUGCCAUCUGAUAAGUGAAGGAAUGAGGUCAAAUCUUCACUGAGGUAAAAUUCUUGAAGUCUUGAUUAAAUGAUUUGUUGAUAGCUUAUGAGUUA